AUGAAAUCUGGCCUCUUCCUUUUGUGGUGGGGAUGGGUGUUGGCCACUGAAGGCAGAGUCCACUGGCAAGGAAGAGAAAUACAGGAAAUGGCUAAGAAGGGCAGCAGACCUCAAAGGCAGAGACGAGAAGUACAUGAGGAGACACACAAACAAGGAAGCUUAAUAUUGAAACGAAGCCCUGACAUCACUAAGUCUCCACUGACAAAAUCUGAACAGCUUCUGAGAAUAGAUGACCAUGACUUCAGCAUGAGACCUGGCUUUGGAGGCCCGGCCAUUCCUGUUGGUGUAGAUGUGCAAGUUGAAAGUCUGGAUAGCAUCUCAGAAGUUGAUAUGGUAAGUAUCACAACGGUCCUCACCAUGUCUACAAUCAUCACUGGCGUUAAUGCCUCCAUGCCCCGAGUCUCCUACAUCAAGGCUGUGGACAUCUACCUGUGGGUUAGCUUUGUGUUCGUGUUUCUCUCUGUGUUGGAAUAUGCAGCAGUGAACUACUUGACCACUGUACAGGAGAGGAAGGAGAGGGAGCUUCGAGACAAGCUUCCCUGUACUUGUGGUAUACCUCAGCCCAGGGCCAUGAUGAUGGAUAGCAGCUACAGUGAUGGCGAGGUGAACGAUCUAGGAAAUUACGUAUCAGACAAUGGAGAUAAGCAAGACAGGAUGAUGGUGCAGCUGGCUCUGGGUUCCGAGAGAAAUGCCACAAGAAGGAAAAGCCAAAGAAGUUACGUGAGCAUGCGGAUUGACACCCAUGCCAUCGAUAAGUACUCCCGGAUAAUAUUCCCAGCUGCAUACAUCUUAUUUAACUUAAUAUACUGGUCUAUUUUCUCAUAA